AUGGAGUGGAAACUGCAGCGCACCGCUCGGAGGAAGAUCCGGACGGAAGAAGAGAUGUUGUGGGAGAAUAUCAUGAGGGUGCUCGCCAACGGCAUGAAGCAGCAGCGAAGUCAAGGUUCCCCCAAGGAGUUUGACUCGGUCGCCACGACAUACUCCAACUUCAAGAGCAACUUCCUGAAGAAGCUGUCUGAGGAGAUUCCUAUGGCCAGCAGCCCCAUCACCACCAGAUGGCAGCCAAGCCCAGCCAGGGACCGGGAAAGCUCUUCCUCUGUGGACAAGGGCCCUCCUUCCCAUAUCCCAGAAUCUCUGGGAUCUGGGCUGAAGACAACACUGGCAGCAGGCACCCUAACUCUACGAUCCCACAACAAAAAUUCACCAAAAACUCCAGCUAAAGGAAAUUCUGAAGUGAAUAACACCACUCUCCGUUUUUGCAAGACACCUCCUGCAGGGGACAGAGGCUGGAAGGAAAAUGUUGCCACCAAAGGCCAGAGAUGCCUAAACCAGCUAUUUUCAACCCAGAAGGGAGCUCAGCAAAUCGAUGGGAAGAUGCAUCUCUGUGAGGAGUCCCAGUGUGUCAGGACAGGCUGUAGAUUUGGAGCCAGAGAGUUCUAUCUUAGGAGAUUCAGUGGUGUCUACCAUUCCACAUGCCAACCGGAGGUGAAGAUUCAUCUCACUGGUCUUCGAAAUGACUACUAUCUCAAUAUCCUGGACUGGAGUUCUCAAAAUCUCGUUGCUAUAGCCCUUGGAUCCUCUGUAUACAUCUGGAAUGGGCAAAACCACAGUUGGAUUGAAAAUAUAGACUUAAGUGUCUUUUGUCACUAUGUGUCGUCUGUGACCUGGAUGAGAGAGGGAUCAUGCCUGGCUGUUGGCACCAGCGAGGGAGAAGUGCAGUUAUGGGAUGUAAUCACUAAGAAGCAGCUGAGAAACAUGCACGGUCACUUGUCAGUCGUUGGGGCCUUGAGCUGGAACCACUGCAUCCUCAGCAGUGGGUCCAGAUUGGGGCGUGUCCACCACCAUGAUGUUCGGAUGGCCCGGCAUCACGUGGGAACGCUUUACCACAAGGAGGCUGUGUGUGCUCUAAAAUGGUCACCUGAGGGCAGGCUGCUUUCCAGUGGGUGUAAUGAUGGAUUACUGACAAUAUGGCCCCACGAUCCAGGCGCAGGUGUGCAGGGCCUGCCACUGAAAGUCAUACCCCGGCCCACGGCAGUUAAGGCCAUGGAGUGGUGUCCCUGGCAAUCUGAGGUCCUUGCCGUGGGAGGAGGCAUGAAGGAUGGAUGCCUACAUAUUUUGGAUGUAAAUACUGGGAAGAACGUUCAGACUCCAAGCACACACUCACAGAUUUGUUCCCUCACCUGGCUACCUAAGACAAAGGAGGUGGCAACCGGCCAAGGUGUCCCCAAGAAUGAUGUGGCACUGUGGACCUGGCCCAUGCUGUUCAGGUCCGGUGGGUUCUUCGGUCACAGAGACAGGGUGCUGCAUUUGUCCCUAAGUCCAGACCAGACACGCCUAUUUUCUGCUGCCGCCGAUGGGACAGCUUGUGUGUGGAAGUGUCGCUAG